GUUACAGCUGGAUUCUUCGGACAUUAUUUAUCGUACAGGAGUCUGGCAGCGAUCAGCCCUCACCCUGCAGCUGUGAUACACUGACUGUGAGCAAGGAGUCAGACACGGAUGAGGGGGCAGAUUCUGGGAGUUAUAAAGACUCGGACUUCCUGAGUGAGGAAGGGCCUUUAAAGCUCAGCAAUCGAGGGAGGAAGAGGAAGAAGAUGAGACAGAGCUCUAGGAAGAGCAGGAGGAAGAGACCCAGAAGAAGUCCCUCCGUCCAUCAGGAACUGGGAGAGAAACUCAAAACGAAACCCAGGUUUCCUGUCACAUGUGGAAAUAAAGAAGGCAUCCUACACAAAGAUAGGCUUAGCAAAAAACAGCCGUGCAUCUUGUCUGAUGGCCGGUGGUUCACCCCUAGUGAGUUCGAGAAGUUUGGAGGAAAGGAGAAAAACAAAAAGUGGAAGAUUAGUAUCUUUUACAAUCAGAUUCCGCUGCAAACGUUUAUACAGGACGGCUUUCUUUCCGCUCUGUCGUUUAGAAUGAAGCGCUCGCAGGAUCACGAGCCAGCGUGCAGGAAGAAGCUGAUUAGGUGCAGAAGUGGUACCAGACCUGGCAAAAACAGUCACACGUCCAAGUCUGACAGCACCUCAGACUCGAGCUCGGAGUCUGAUGAUGAUGACGUUUACUGCGAUGAUGAUGAUGAUGAUGACGUCGACGACGAUGAUGAUGACGACGACGAUGAUGACGACGACGACGACGAUGAUGUUCGGGUCACUGAGAGCACGUUCAGCGGCAACUCUUUUAAAGUCAAGUGCUCUUCAGGGAGAGGGGUUCUGCAUGUGAACCGCUUUGCUAACGAGACGUAUGGAAAAUGCAUCAGGACGCAUGACGCCUGGCUCACCCCCAAGGACUUCCUCGACCUGUACAAAGCCGACGGAAACUGGAGACGGGACAUCAGAUGCCAGGGGGUCCCUCUUGGAAAGCUCAUAAUGGAGAGGACGUUGGAGCUUCAUAUGGUGAACUGUAAGUGUCCCAUCUGCACGAGAGACCAUCUUCAUAUGCUGGAUCAGAACAAUGAUGACGUCUGCUUUCAGUGCAACCAGGAAGGAGAUCUGGUGUGUUGUGCCAAAUGUCCACGUGCCUUCCAUCAUCACUGCCACACACCAGCUUUAAGAGACGACAUGAUCAGUGAUGACUGGACCUGUUCCUUCUGCAAGAAGUCCCUUCCAGCUGCUCGUAAUAAGAGCUUAUGACCCGUCCUGAAUGUUUAAACACGGUUACCGCUGUAACAGCAAUGUGAAUUACAUACAUUUCUUUAAAAUCAUUUUUGUAGGACAGGUUUUGGUGCGUAUUGUUUACAAACAUAAUAAAGACUUUUUAUUUUUA